ACAGGAGUAAUUUCAACAAGUAGCAUUUUCCCGUUAAACUCCUACAUAUAAUGCGUUGGCAGUGAUGAUUUUUCGAAAGGGCCAGCUCCAGCUCAUUUGUGCCUUCACAGCUGGCAGGGGAAAGGGCACCUGCCAGUAAAAUUUACGUUAGUGACCUAAUGACCAACUUCACAGGGAAAACAAGGUAACGACGCCGCUCGAAAUUAGGGUUCAAUGGAUAUAUCUUUUAGAUAGGGCGAAAGAUGGAAUCAGACUCAGAAUGAUUGCCUCUCAUGAGUUUUCGUCGAUCAAAUUCACAGCCUAUUGUAUUAGGGUUGGGCAUCAGCUCACACAGUCGGCCCCAUGUCGCGGAACGAACAUGAAAACGGGGACGAGCUUUGCGAGCCCCUCGCGCCAUCAAAGAUGAAACCAGCAAUUUUGAGCCCAUACAGUAUGGUCCAGCUAUCUCUGACACCAGCUACUGGUUAUGGCAUCUUCGCCACGAAAGACAUUCCGAGGGGCACUCUAAUCGCCGUCGAGGCACCUUUGGUUGAGAUACCAGCCGGGACUGAUGAGGAGUCCCCUGUUGCAUUUUGCAUCUCAUUGCAGAAGUUGACGGAGGAAGAUCUUGUCCGUCUUGACAACCUCAGUUGCGAUCCGGCCACGUUGGAUGUCGUCCGUAACGGGGAUAUAAGGAGGGAGAUUCACAACUGGUAUCAGGACAACAUCGCCAUGAAGAACCCGGAGCUGUUCAGCGAGCUUUACGACAUCGUGGCGCUUGCCUGUCAGCGUUAUUCGAUAUUCCUCACCAACAACCUUUCCAUGGGUGUUAACAACGGCCGGGCUGUCUUCGAUUUCUUCUGCCGCAUGAAUCACUCCUGUCGGCCCAGUAUCUAUGAGCACUACGACAAAGCGUCGAAUCGUCUGAGCAUCCGUACGCUCCACGAUAUCAAGACAGGAGAGGAGGUAUAUUCCACCUAUAUUGACGUUUUGAUGCUCCGUAAGCGGAGGAUCAGAAAGCUGAAGGCGUGGGGUUUCAUUUGCCUGUGCUCUGCAUGCUCGGACGAUGCGAUGGAGGCGUUGUGUGAGCGCUCUAUCAAAUUGGAUGAUAUGUUGGAGGAGUUCUUCUUCUAUCUAGAUGACCCGUCGAUCCAAACGACUGAUGAUGACUGGCCCGUUUUGAAAAGUGCAAAGGAAGCACUUGGAGCGGCUGAGGAACUUGCCAGUAACCUUGUUCGACAGGGAUUGACUGGGGAGCAUUUGUUUAUUGCAUAUAAGUGUUGCUCGCAACUCUGUCACAUGAUCCUUGAUACCGAUAAAGCGCUGGAUUAUGCGCGGCUGGCCCGUGAUGUUGAGAUAAAAUGUGUCGGGCCAGAUGCCGAACUCUCAGAUCUCCUAGAAGCAUCGGAACACUGGAUAAUGAAUCCUGACAGUAAUAGAGGCGAGACAUAGCCAGUGAAGAGCAACAUGAGAUUAGUAACGUGCUUGAUAUUACAUACCUUCGCAGCGGCUUUUGGUAUGUACAAAAGGAGCACGUUGUGUAUAGACAUCGACGAAACAUCAGUCUUCCACGGUCUACCUGACAGCCAUCCAUUGAAGAAAUCAAAAUAUGAGCGGGCUUCGAUAAGGCAAAGUUGUCAAACAUGAUCUGGCUGCAGUGCUCUGUAGGUUUAAAAUAUUGAAACCGUGAAACGUCUGGCUUAUUACACUCGACUGAGGGUCGUACAAUUGAAAACAGCUCUGGAGCGAAAAUCGCAGCA